AUGGAAGCUAAUCCUGAAGAAGGAAUACUGGAAUUUUUAGAACAAAUGGAUGAAGCAGAUACUACUAAAUUUCCAAUUAUAUUAAAUUUGCUAAGAAUACUUUUAAAUAGAGAUGUUUUAAAAGAAAAUAGAUUAAAAUCAUUAGAAUGGACACUUAAUUCGAUAAGGUCAUAUAUAGAAAAUUUUCCUUUCGAUGAAAUCUACAAUGAAUUUGACAGUACAGAAAAUGAUAAUCAAUUAUGUGAUACUGAACAAAUAUUAGAAAUAUUAAGUGUUUUGAAUCAUGUUCUGACAUUUUUUGAAUAUUUUGUUGAGGAAGCAGUUGAAAACCCUGUUGAAGCUCACGAGCUAAAUAUUUUAAUUUCAUCUAGACUUCUUCAAAUGUUUGAUAUUUUACUGCCCUGCAUUAACAUAGAUAAAAGUCUUAUUUUAAAAUUAAUUUCUAAUCCAAUGCAUCUUCUUCAAUAUGUUUUUUUUCGUGCUAUAAAUGUUAGCGAUUUAAAAUCGAAAUCUAGUAAAUCAGAAAUUGAUGAAUGCAAUGAUGGUUUUCUUAAUGGAUGCGAUGUCACAAAUGUCGCAUAUAAUGUGAAUCCAUUUGAAGACAUAACAGUAGUGUCUAAUUUAUCAUAUGGCAUUGAAAAUGAACAUGAAGAUAUUAGAUUGCCAAUGGUUUACAAUCCCAAACAUAUUAUGUUAUCAUUAAUAUACGUAACAAUUCCAUUUUUUGAAAAGAAAACAAACACAGCUACAAAUAAUGGAUUGAAAUUUUUAAAAUUGUUACUUGAUCAAUUAGUUCACUCUUUGGAAAAAGCAGAUUUGUAUUUUUCAAGUCAUAAAUAUAUUCUUAUGCAUUUAAAUAGCAUAAUGGUUUAUUCUCAAGUGAAAGAAAAUCGUAAUUUAGCUUUAACUUGUUUUAAAAGCUACAUAACAUGUUUUAAUUGGGAAGGCAGAUAUUUAUUACUGCUAAGAAUAAGAACAUUAAUAGAUCAUUCUGGAACUCUGGGAUAUUUAAUUGUUCUUAUCAAAGAAUUACUUUCUAAUUUUUUGGAACUAUCGAAAAAUUUAAAAUUAUAUCACAAAUAUAAUAAUUCUAAGACUGAUUUAGUUGAGAAUGCAGAUCACAUUAUUUCAUCAUUGAAUGUAUUGAAAUUUUUAAUUCUAAGAGAUAAGGAUGAUGUGACAGACAUAAAACGUUUUUUUACUAAAAUCAAUGCAGAGUUUUUAGUGCCAUUAAAGGAAAACAUUAAAAAUUCAAAAAUAUAUUAUGAAAUGAAACUAAAGGAUUUAGAAGGGAAUGAUAAAAGGAAUGAAUCAGAUUUGUCCAAAUCUGAUUUAGAUAUUGAACUUACAGUUAAAAAUCAAACUUUACCAAAAUUAACAAAGGAACAGCAAAAAACUGCUUACAUGUCUUGUUUAAAUGCAAAAAGAAGGUUUCGCUGUUGUUUUUUUAAAAUACGAAAUUGUUCAACAAAAAAUGAUAAUCAAGAUAAAAAAGAAAAUUCCUCAGAUGAUCAUCAGUAUGAGAGUAAUAUUAGGGAAAAAAUAUUAAAUGCUUCCCUUGACUUUGUACCCGUUCACGGAUGGUCUAGAGAAGCCAUAAGCAACGGUGCUGAAUCUGUAGGGUAUCCAGGGAUAGCAAAUGGAAUAUUUCCAAACGGUGGAGCAGAUGUAAUUAAUUAUUUUUAUGUAAAAUGUAAUCAAAAAUUGAAAGACUACAUGAUAAAAGCUACGGAUAAUCCUCAAACAAUUAAAGAACCGCAAGAUUUUAUUAGAGAUUCAAUAGAAGUACGGUUGAGAAUGCUUAUUCCUUACAUUCAAAAAUGGCCGCAAGCAAUUGCAAUUAUGAGUUUACCGCCAAAUGUUCCUGUCGCUCUUGCCAAUUUACUUGCAUUAAGCGACGAUAUAUGUUUCUACGCUGGUGAUAAAUCCGUAGACUUUAAUUGGUACAUACGUAGAAUCGGAGUUAGUGGUAUUUACAAAGUAACGGAAUUAUACAUGAUUCAAGAUAAAUCGACGGAUUUUCAAGAAACUUGGAAAUUUCUAGACAGAAGAUUAGUCGAAGCCAUACAAAUUCAACACAUUAUUAGCAGUGGAAGUGAAGCUUCAACCGUUGCAAAAGAUGUUGUCAGUGCUGCUUUUUCAACGGCCAGAAAUAUACUUCAUUUAAACGAUCCCAGGUGA